UCCCGACAGGGGCGGGCUGGUUGAGCGUCGGAUUUCCAGCAGCUGUCCUUAGACACGGGUCCGGGACUCCUCUUCACUCCUUGUGGGGCCCUGUCUGUGUCUAAUGGAGCUUUCUUAUCAGACUCUCAAACUCACGCACCGGGCGCGGGAAGCGUACGAGAUGAGAACAGAAGCACGGCGAAAAAAUCUCCUCAUUUUGAUUUUGCAUUAUUUAACACAAGAAGGCUAUGUCGAUGCAGCUAAUGCUCUGGAGGAGGAGUCUAAGCUGGGACUACGGCGCUUUGAAGUUUGUGACAAUGUUGACCUGGAAACAAUUUUGAUGGAAUAUGAGAGCUAUUAUUUUGUAAAGUUCCAGAAGUACCCCAAAAUGGUUAAGAAGGUGCCAGACCCAGAAAACAAUUUACCACCAAAAAAUGGAGGGAAGAACAAAAGGAUGACAAAUGACAAUUGUCAAAAUCUCCCCAAGAUAUAUCAGCAGCGGCUACGCCCCAAAACCUCAACAGGAAAGACAGGGGACACCAAAUCUGUCAAGGACCAUCCUAAACAGGUUGAGAUGACUGAGAGUGUCAAUAACGCCCAAGUAGAGAGUGCUGACUUUGGCCUAAACAUAUCAAAAAUCCACAAAGAUGGCACCGAGGAAAAGGGCCACCCACGAAGAGGCCAAAUCAUUGACUUCCGGGGGCUGCUCACAGAUGCCAUCAAAGGAGCCACCAAUGAACUUGCCUUGAACACUUUCGAAUGUAACCCAGACCCUUCAGAACGAUUGCUGAAACCUCUGAGUGCAUUUAUUGGCAUGAACAGUGAGAUGCGAGAAUUGGCAGCCGUGGUGAGCCGGGACAUUUAUCUCCAUGAUCCCAACAUAAAAUGGAAUGACAUUAUUGGACUGGAUGCGGCCAAGCAGUUAGUCAAAGAAGCCAUUGUGUACCCAAUACGGUACCCACAGCUCUUUACAGGAAUUCUCUCCCCUUGGAAAGGACUGCUGCUUUACGGCCCUCCAGGUACAGGAAAGACUUUACUGGCCAAAGCAGUGGCCACUGAAUGCAAAACGACCUUCUUUAACAUUUCCGCAUCCACCAUUGUCAGCAAAUGGAGAGGAGAUUCAGAGAAACUUGUCCGGGUGCUGUUUGAACUUGCCCGCUAUCAUGCCCCCUCCACGAUCUUCCUGGACGAGCUGGAAUCUGUGAUGAGUCAGAGAGGCAUGACUCCUGGGGCAGAGCACGAAGGAAGCCUUCGGAUGAAGACGGAGCUACUGGUGCAGAUGGACGGGUUGGCCCACUCGGAGGAUCUCGUGUUUGUCUUAGCGGCGUCUAACCUGCCGUGGGAGCUGGACUGUGCCAUGUUACGGCGCCUAGAGAAGAGGAUUCUGGUUGGUCUCCCCAGCCAAGAGGCCAGACAAGCCAUGAUCUACCACUGGCUGCCCCCUGUGAGCAAGAGCCAUGCCCUGGAGCUGCACACAGAGCUGGAGUACAACGUGCUGAGCCAGGAGACAGAGGGCUACUCAGGCUCUGACAUUAAGCUAGUCUGCAGGGAGGCAGCCAUGAGGCCUGUGAGAAAGAUCUUCAAUGUGCUUGAAAAUUACCAGUCAGAAAGCAGCAAUUUACCUGGGAUCCAGCUGGAUACCGUGACCACGGAGGACUUUUUGGAUGUGUUGGCUCACACCAAGCCUUCAGCAAAGAAUCUGAGUGAGAGAUACUUGGACUGGCAAGAGAAGUUUGAGUCUGUGUAAAGCUGCUCUCAGCCUGACCUGGCCAGAGGCAGCGAGAGCCUCCACAGUGUGACUAGGAUGGAAGGGAAGAGCUUAUCCUUGAACGCUGGAUGAAUUUGGACAGCUGUCUUAUUUUGGAAACGUGAGAUCUUGUGUCAUGGAUGUCAGCAAAGGGAAGAUUUGGGCUGCAAGUCAGGCAGUGGAGGUUUUUCUCACAAUUCCACUAUAAAAUUUUGAAGACGUU